AUGGCUUGCAUGCAAUUCACAAACGCCGUGUCGUUCCGGCCAGAGCAACUCUCCGGCGCCGGGACCCGAGAUUACCAAAAUCUCGCCAGAAGGAAGUCCGUUUCGGUCUCUUUCGCCGGUAUUUCGGCAGAAAUGUCUCCAGCUCAGCCCGGAAAGCCCGAAAUCGAGCUCGAAUUCAUAGGGCCGAAGCCCGGGAACGACGGGUCGUAUCCGGUGGAGAGCGCGAAGGCGAUUAGUGGAGAGAAGUUGCUGAGGGAUGUCAUGUCGGAUAACAAGAUCGAGCUCUACGCCACGUAUGGGAAACUGAUGAACUGUGGAGGUGGAGGAAGCUGUGGGACUUGUAUAGUAGAGAUUAUUGAUGGGAAGGACCUUUUGAAUGAAAGAACAAAUACUGAACUCAAGUAUUUGAAGAAGAAACCCGAAUCCUGGAGACUUGCUUGUCAAACUAUAGUUGGAAAUAAGGAAAAUUCUGGGAAGGUUGUGGUUCAGAGGAUCCCCCAGUGGAAAAAGUAA